AUGGGCACAGUGCUUGGGGCCAAGAAGAAAACCCUGCCUCUGGAGCAGAAGGUCAUUGCUGUGGUCAUGGACCUCUUCACUGAUGGCGAGAUCUUCCAAGACAUCGUGGAUGCUGCCUCCAAGCGCCGAGUCCCAGUGUACAUCAUCCUGGACGAGGCAGGCGUGAAGUAUUUCCUGGAGAUGUGUCAGGGCCUGGAGCUCGCUGACUUCCGUAUUCGGAACAUCCGUGUCCGCUCUGUGACAGGUGUUGGCUUUUACAUGCCCAUGGGGAAGAUCAAGGGGACCCUGUCAUCCAAGUUCCUAAUGGUAGAUGGUGAAAAAGUAGCCACUGGAUCCUACAGAUUCACCUGGAGUUCCUCCCGUGUGGACAGGAACCUUCUCCUCCUCCUGACGGGGCAGAACGUGGAGCCCUUCGACGUGGAGUUCCGGGAGCUGUACGCCAUCUCCGAGGAGGUGGACUUGUACCAGCAGCUGGGCCUGGCAGGAGGCGCUGGCAGGCUGGGCCUCAACUACUCCUCCACUGUGGCUCGCAAGCUUAUCAACCCCAAGUACACCCUGGUGCCAGGCAGCCGCCACCCACCUGGGGAGAUGAUGCGCUGGGCUGCCCGGCAGCAGCGGGAAGCCAGCAGCAAUGCAGAGGGGCAGGAGGAGGGCAGCAAGGGCGGCGAGUCAGCACGGCGCCUGGAGAGUUUCCUGCACGACCUGGUCACGCUGGAGCAGGUGCUGCCCCCGGUGGAGCCCGUUGUCUCGGGAGAGCUGAGUCAGUAUGGCAGGGUGGUCUCCCACCUGCGUGUGGACCUGAAGCCCAGACCCCGGGAGGCCCUUGCCCGAAACGGCAGGGGAGAAGCUGCCAAUGGGGAGGCCACCGCGGCCAAGGAGGGCAGGCGCUACAGCAGCAGGUUCUUCAGCCGGCGGUCCAAGAGGCCCGCAGCGCCCAAUAGCACGGCCAGCCCCGUCUCCCCCGAGGCCUUGGCCGAAGCGGAGUUUAUGACGGGGAAGAGGCCCAACCAGGGCUCCAGUGGCGACGUCUCAGGUAAAACAAGUUCCAGUCCUGCCAAGGUCAGCAAUUGUGUGAUUUUGUGAGCUGCGGGCCAGCUGUCGGCAGGACCUGUGGAUGCCCCCGUCCUGUCCUGUGGAGACACAGGGCAAACCCUGCACCAGUUUGCACAUCGGGCGCCUACGGGCCUCCUGCCCCAGCAGCCUCCAUCCUGGCCUCAGGGACCCUGUAUCCCAGAUGUGAGGGUCUGCAGCACCUCAGGACAAUCACACGCCUCCACAAGACUGUCGUGGCCGGGCAGGGGGUCCCCCUUUGUUUACAUGAAGUGGAAGCUUGACUAGUGUCCGCUCUCCUUUAUGCCCAGCCCCCUCCCUCCACUGGGCCAGCCUUGCCCUGCAGGCCCCCAGAUGGGGUGAGUCCAUGUCUCUAUACCUUAAUGUGAUGGGGACUCCGGGGCAGCCCCAGCCCCUGGCUUCUCCUUCCCUGGGCUUCCUGGUGCUGCUGGUCCCCCAGGAGGUUUGGUGGAACAGAAGGGACGAGGACAGGGCUCUGAGCCCGGGAUCCAGUCUUGCUAGAGCUUCUGAACUCAAGGUGGAAGAUGCAGCGAGGAUGGCUGGGGGCUGGCUGCUGUGGCCUUCCUGGCCUGUCCCUCAGGCUCCUGCAGUAGACUCUGAAUGGAAUGAGGGCAGAAUUUGACCCUGCCAUUUUGAGAGCCCUUGUGCUGCGUGAGGUCUCCUUUCCCUCCCCCAGCACCAUCCUGGCAGGCUCUGCCCUGAGUCGUCCGGGCCUCCUUGACUAUUGCCUGCUGCAAGCCCAUCUGGCAGUUCUGCGAGUGCCUUGACCUGAGGCGGCUCCCUCCCGUUUUUUUGCCUUGAUCCGCAGCCCAAAGUAGGGAGAGAGAGAGCCUGGCUGAUGUUCUGGUGGUGCUGGAGGCUGGGCCCUGUCACCAGGAGCGUUUGCCCUCCUCCCACCCCAGAGAUGGCCCUCAGUCCCUUCACCAGCCAGGACUUAUGUGCCUUCUCUAGUUAUAUGUCAGCCAAAGACCAGCCUUGGCCUCCUGCCAAAGUCAGACUGUAUCGAGGGCCCUCAGCCUCCUGGCUUCUUAGGGACCUGACCUAAUAAUUGCCAUGAUGCCAGGCCAGGAAGACCAGCUGGAAAUCGCACACCACCCCCUCUUCACGCAUGUGACUGAGAGGACCUGCGGAGAGAGUUCUGGAAUGGACAACAGAGAAACUGCCAAACCGCAGGCUCUGUGGCUGGCCUUGCUUCCGGCCGGGUGCUGGAGGCCUGGAGAGCCGAGGGCUGCAGAGCCUGAGAAAGCACCACGCUCAGCCUCU